AUGGAAGUUCUUGAUCGAUGCUGGUUCCAAUUUAUAAUACCAUUUGAUGGCCAACGGUCCCAAACUGCUAGGAAAUAUUUGACACAUGAGAGCCUUGUCGUCUGCAUGUGGCGUCAUAGCUUGCUUAUAAUGUCGGAUGUGAUCUGUGGGAUGGGGAAGCUGAAAAGACUCAUUCAACCUAGGGACAUUACCAUAAACAUUGGAAAGGAUGCCCCAAUUCCCGAAUGCCCUAUCCCUGGUGAAAGAUGGAAAGAAAUAAGGCAUGACAACACAGUUACAUGGCUUGCUUUUUGGAAUGAUCCAAUCAACCCAAAGGAAUUCAAAUACGUGUUCUUGGCAGCUAGCAGUUCUUUGAAAGGGCAAAGUGACAAGGAGAAAUAUGAGAAAUUAAGGAUGUUGAAGGACUACAUACAAGGCAUCAGAGCAACAUAUACUAAGGAUUUUGCUAGUAAGGAUAUCACAAGGCGGCAAAUAGCAGUUGCCACCUAUCUUAUUGAUAAACUAGCUCUCAGGGCAGGCAAUGAGAAGGUAUGGUGUAUGUAAUUGUUUUCAUCAUGUUUAUGUUUAUCU